UCGGCCAUAUUGAAAAACUGAGGACAACAGUUUUCAUCAACCAUGGCCCCCAAACGUAAUAACAUGAUCCCAAAUGGGCAUUUCCACAAAGACUGGCAACGAUGGGUGAAAACCUGGUUCAACCAGCCUGCCAGGAAGAUCAGGCGAAGGAAUAACAGAAUCAAGAAGGGUUUUACUUUAGAAGAACUCAAGGCAGCAGGUAUCUCAAAGAGGUUUGCACCCACAAUUGGUAUCUCAGUAGACUUUAGAAGACGCAACAUAUCUGUGGAGUCGCUACAACAGAAUGUCCAGCGACUAAAGGAGUACAGAAGCAAACUUAUCCUGUUCCCCAAGAAGAUGAGCAACCCCAAGAAGGGAGAUGCCUCCGCUGAGGAGAUGAAAAUGGCCACCCAGUUGUCUGGUGAGGUCAUGCCAAUCACUCAGGUCUCCAAGAAGGAGAAGGCACGCAAGAUCACAGAUGAGGAGAAAAAAUUCAAUGCUUUUGCAGCCAUCAGACAGGCACGUGCCAACAAGAAACUGUUCGGUAUUCGCAAAAAGAGAGCCCAAGAGAAGGCUGAAGAAGCCGCUAUGCAGGGCAAGAAGAAAUAGACACUAUAAGAUAUUGGAGUGUAAUUUUAUGAUUAAGAAUAUACUUCCCUGUACAAAUGAA